CUGAAGCGAAAAGUGAAAGUGGUGACGUCAUUUGCGAAAAGCAGCAAAAAUGACAUCUGCGCAGAUGGACGUGGAGAAGUAUUUGUCGCGCAUUGGGUUUGCGGGCCCUGUAGCAGCGCCAAACCUGGACGUGCUUCGGUCAGUUCACAUAAGUCACCUGCUGUCAGUACCUUUCGAAGACCUGACGCAACACAGCGGCGGCCGAGUACAACUUGAACUUCCUCUGCUGUACAACAAGGUAGUCAACCAGCGGCGAGGCGGUUUCUGCUAUGAGAAUAACAGUCUCUUGUCCUGGUUACUGUCCGAGCUGGGCUUCCAGGUCACUCUGCUGUCCGGUCAGGUGAAGAAUUUCAUUACGGGCUGCUAUGGGCCACCUUUUGAUCAUCUGAUCGUAAUGGUGAGCCUUGACGGGCAGCGGUGGCUGUGCGACGUCGGAUUCGGCUCUUCAGGUUUCAGUGCGCCCCUUUCACUGGAGACCAGUGGCCCACAGGUGCAGGGCCACCGAGUGUACCGUAUCAGAAAAGAAACGGGGAUGUACUUUUUGGAGUGGCAAAAGGAGGAAAACAGGGGUCUAGAUGGAGAAUGGACAAACAUCUACAAGUUCACGCUUGAAUCCAGGUGUUUGGAGGACUUUACUGAGAUGUGCCAGUACCACCAGACCUCUCCCCACUCCAUCUUCUUCUGCAAGUCCCUCUGCACCAUUUUAAAACCAAAUGGCAGGCUCGCCUAUAUUGGCCACAGACUGAUCACCACCACAUUCCCUACUGUGGAAGCAGAGGGCAGGGUGGAAACCACAAUCAGGGAACUUGAAGAUGAGGAAAUUCCUGGUGUUCUAGCAGAGAAAUUUGGAAUUGUGCUCAAAUCUCCACUCAUACCAAAGGAUGAGGCGAUAACACCAUCCCCAGUCAUGUACUGACCUCUUUCACCUCAGAGACAAAACUCUGUGUAAAUGGAUCAAUAUUUUCUCUGUGAUGACUGCAGCCUUUGACUUAUGCAUGUAAUACACAAGGAUUUUAAAGUAGCUGGAAAAUGCUUAUUGUGUCAGGCUUCAAAAUAACCUGUAACUUUGCACUUCAAUCCCAUUGUCUACCCAAAUUAUUCAUUAAACAACAAUUACAUAUAGGGAUGCACUGAAUGAUACCACCUCUUCUUCAGAGUAUGAGUACUAACACCAGAAUACUGGCUGAUAGCAAGUAUCUAUACAAGGGCUUACUGCAGUGUUUCUAUUAUAAAUAUUAUAGCGCUGGGGGUGGAAUGACACUUGCCAGGAUCCCCCAGAAUGCGCUCUACAAAGCUAUGGGUUCGAUGGAUUGUUAAGUGUGUUCUGCUGUUGGUCCUGUUGCACUGUGUGUGUGUGUGUGUG